ACCAUAACCUUUUGCUCUGCUUGAACACUUGUAAACUGUUGACCUUGCUUAAUAUGAAUUUUGUAAACUGUUGACCUUGCUUAAUAUGGAAACAUCUUGUAAACUGUAAACUGUUUUGUAAACUGUAAACUGAUUUUGUAAACUGUAAACUGUUUUUUGUAAUAUGUGUUGUUUUAGUAACAUUUUGUCCUUCAAUAUUUUGUUGAAGGAUGACCACUUUAAUUGAUGAGGAUCCAUUCUUCACCACAUUGUUGGAAAGUGGUGAGGGUGGUAUAAACAACCCUAUUGUGGAGGCUGCUUUCGUUGAUGUCCAAGCGACACAACCUCAACGGGAAAAAAGAGCACCUAAACAUAAAUCCCAGCGGGGUGUGUCAUUUACUAUUGAGGAAGAUACGCUCCUCAUUUCAGCUUGGCUUAACGUUAGUAUAGAUUCCAUAUGGGGGACUGACCAAACCUCCACACAAUUGUGGAGUAGAAUUUAUGAUUACUACUCCACUUAUAAAAAACCUAACAGUCAAGAACGAUCUGUACCAUCGUUGACCAAUCGGUGGUCAACCAUUCAAAAAUGUGUCAAUAAAUUUUGUGGUUCUAUGGCUCAAGUUGAAGGAAUGCAUCCAAGCGGUGCAACCGAGCUAGACAAGAUUGACAAGGCAAAAAUUUUGUAUCGAGAGACCCAAAAAACCAACUUCACCUUGGAUCAUUGUUGGAAUCUUUUAAAGAACCAACCGAAAUGGCAAACACACAUGGAGACCGUAAGAAGAAGAGACAAUGUCUCACGUUCAGGUAGUACUCCAAACUCAAUACAAUUAGGGGACCCAAUGGAAAAUGUGCCCGUGGAGUGUGAGAGACCUCCGGGAAAAAAGGUUGAAAAAGAAAGAGAGAAAAAAAGAAAAAGUAGGGAAAGAGAAGAUAAAGAAUUUAGUGAGGCCUUAAAGGAAAUGACAGAUGAUAGGAAGAUUCUAAUGUUAGAGAGAAAAGAAAGCUUAAUGAGGGUAGAAAACCGCAAUGCUGAGUUAUUGGAAAUUAAGAAGAAAAAUGUUGAAAUGGAAAUUAAGGCUCAAGAAGAAAGAUCUAUGAUAUUAGCUGAAAAGAAGAGAAAAAAUGAUAUGGAAAUAAUGAAAUUGGAUAUUGGGUCUAUGAAUUCUGUGCAGCAAGAGUAUUUCCAUAAUCUUCAAAUGGAAAUUCUUGAGGAACAAAGAAAUAAGGCCUAGGAUGGUACAUAGUUGUCUUUUUUGUUUUGUGCAGUUUUUGAAUGUGUAUUUAAAACAGCCUUGGUGACAUUGUAAAUUCUGGUUUAUAUACUACUGGUUGCUAUGAACACCAAACCCUUUUUUGUACCUCUCUUUAUGGGGAGAUUGUUUUGUUGGUGGUUGGUGGUGGGUGGGAACACUUUGUUGGAUGAAUUUUGUUGUGGGUGGGAUAUUGUUGUAUUGUUUGCUGCUUGUUGGUGCUGGAGUCACUGGAGGACCCAAUGGCAAGACUGUUUUUGUGGCUGCUAAAGGGUGCUGGAGGGUGCUGGAGCUGCUGAGGGUGCUGGAGGGUGCUGGAAAUGCAGUUAUUUUCUGGUUGCUGAAUUUCAUAUAUGCUGAAUUUGUUGGUUGCUGAAUUUGUAUAAAAAUCAACUUUUUGCAACUUGUAUUAAGUUGAUUUUGAUACAUAGAAUUAGUCAUAUGUAAAUUCUGAAGUUGAUAUUAGUCAAAUGUAAUCUGAAGUUGAUAUUAGUCAGAAAUUAUUAUAUAUAGAAUGCUGGAAAUUUGGAUGCAUGAAAGGGUGGUAUGGA